CCGGGUCAGUGUGUUAGAAGUAGAGCAGACUGUGUCGAUCCAGCGUACGACGACCUUACAAGGGGGCCGUACGAUGCAUUUCGUACCAAUUUUGAUGAAACUUCGUGGAAAGGCGGUGUUCACCUAAAUUCUAACAGUUCGAGCCUUUUUAGUUGCCAGGACAUAUCAAGUAAAAGCGGUGGCGCAGCGAAACGCAUUAACGCUGCUGCGUUUCCGAAUUCGUCCCCGAUGUACCCUUGAACAAGUUUGAGUCGAAGUUUAUGACUAUUUGGGGAACGAUAUGAGACGCAUAGCUGUAACACAGUAAAUUCGAUGUUUCGGGUAACUGAUAUAAAUUCGAGGUAAUAGAGAAACGGUUCAUAUAUGGUUUAUUUACGAUGGUCAAUAAUGCAGAAGGAAAUCGGAAAAUCGAUAUUCUUGCACGCUUAUCGGAUAGAUGGUAGUAUACUUUUUAAUAUAGUUUUAAUAUGUUUUGAUUAACGAGGAUUUUAUAUUAUCGGACAGGGUGAAAGUGUUGAACAGCGUUGACGAUCGAAGUCGUUGGAUUUAUGGGGUUAAUGUAUUAUUGGGAGAUUAGAUGUGAAUAUCAUUGACUCGUUCAAGCUUACAAGGUAUUUAUUGCACCGCUAACCCGCUAAAAACUUAGUGGCGCUGUAUGCGAAACAACAGCCACUACUAAAAACAGUCACUCCUGACGUGCAUGUGUGUACGUUGGAUCGAUUGGAUCAGUCAUCUGAAAGGCGGUAAUUUGCGUACUGUUCAAGAGUGCCGCGCUAAGAUAAUCUCCGAUGGAAGGCACAAAUCCGGCAAAAAAUAUUUCAGGAUCUGUUAAAAGUAUCUGUCCAUCGGCAGAAGAACUGAGCGUAAUUACGAACAAUGUCAAGUGUGGAAAAUGUGGCCUCGUGUUUCAGAAUGAGCCACGAUAUCGGUUGCAUGACCUCAAGGUGCAUCAACGUAAAAAUCUAGAUAAAACAAUCAAAGAGAGUGUUCAGUAUCAUUGUCCUGUGGAGUCUUGCGUUUAUGCUCAGAACGCCGAAAGACAUUUCACUAGCAUGAAAUAUCUUAAACAACAUUAUCUUAAAGUACAUGCAAAGAAAUCAUAUGCGUGUACCCGUUGUGAAAAAAGCUUCUCCACUGAAGCAGCCAAAGAAGGUCACAUGAGAGUAUGUGGAAUCGAGUUUACAUGUUCUUGUUCUAAAGUUUACACUUCUUACGAGGCUUUGCUCACACAUGCAAAACGAUCCUUACAUACCAUAAAUGACAAAUAUAAAAAUUCAUCUAGACGUACAAAUUCCAAAAUGGUUCCUUCAAUGCUACAAAUUAGCCCAGUUGGUAUAAAUAAGCUAAUUACAAUCCUACCAACAACUACUACGGAUAUUGGUGUACAAACAGAUGAAAAUAAAAGAAACAAAAGAAUAUCAAGUCCAUCGAAGCAUAUUAAUAAUGGCCAUUAUCAAAAUGGAAAACGCAGUGUAUCCAAGCAGACACAGACAAGCAUAUCCCAGAAAAUUCGGCAGAAUGUCACAUCUAUGGAGACACAGACCACAGAAGCUUCAAGAGUAUGUAGAAAUUCACUGAAGAUUUCGAAACGUAAAAAGAAUUCUGUGUCACAAAAUCCUGAUUACACGCUGUUAAAGGAAGAUCUGAAUCUUGGCAAUUUUACAUCCCCUAACUUGUUUCCUAGUAGUCCAUUGCCACUUCGUCAUGAUGUUGGUUUGCAAGAUUUUUGGGAAGAGAAAAGCACAUCAGGUACUCAAACAAUGCCUGAAAAAGACAUGUUUGAAGUUUUAAAUCACAAUGUCACUCAAACAGAAUUUGAAACAUUUUACGAGCACAGUACAAAUCCACUCAUACAAUGUGUUCCGAAAAGUACUGUUGCUCUGAUGACUUUACCUUACGUAGAAGAAACAUCCACAGCUGAAGGAUAUUCCUUUGUGUCUUCAAAUAGCAUAUCAAGAUCAGACCCUAUGCUUACAGAUAAAACCUUUGAUGAUAAAUUUAGUAGUAUAGAGACUCAGACUGAACAAGAUUACUCACAAUCGUUUUUUGAUUCAGAUACCUUAACUAGAUCGUUUGCAUUAAGUUCUAACAUUGAAACACAAACCACAAACAAUCUAGAUAACAUGGAGCAAUUGUUGUAUAGUAACACAUGCACACAGACAUGUAAUGAAAUGCUACCAUCCGAUUUGGGUUUAUCUAAUAUUCAGACGCAAACAGCGUGGACUCAACUUGAGGAUACUACUGUUUCUACCGAAACGCAAACAAAAUCAUUGAUAUGUGAAACGGGAUGCAACAUUUCAAUAGGUGCAUGUCGUUCAUGGUUAAGUAUUCAAACUAGUCAUACCGAAACACAAACUGAUUUACUUAGUAUUUUCGAAGGUCUUCAAUAAUGAAAUAUUAACUUUCUUUUUUAUACUGAAUGCCAGUAAAAUAAUCAAUAUUUAUGAAAAAUAUUUUAUGCACUUAGUAUUAUAAAUUGAAAUUAAUUUUUUUAUAUUGUUGUUUUUUACUUUGGUAUUUUGUAUAUUUUAUUACAAACUAAUUGUUCGAGUUCCUGUGUAUGUGCAAUUUGUUCAUGAAAUAUUAUGUGCAUAGAUCAAAAUACUGCAUUUUCUUAAAGAAAAUAAUAAGUUUUUGAAUUUAAUGUACUCAUUGUUCGCAUUGCCACAAUUUAAAAUUAUUGUUUGUACAUAUAUAUUGCCGGAAUAAAAAAAUACACAUUGCUGGCAAUGUAAUUCUGUUAUAUGUAACUUAUUAAUAAAUCUGUUAAUUUGAAAGCUGAUUCAUGAGGAGUGUUAUUAAUUUUAUUUUAAAUUUUAAGGGGGUAAAUAAGCCUUAAAGCUUCUUGUGUAAACAUUUUUACACAACAAUUUGUUUUUAAAAUAAUUCGGACUAUUUCAGCUCAUUCAACGAUUAAUUUAAAUUCACGAAUUUAAAGAUGUUAAAUAACGGUAGUUUUAAAUCCUAAUAUUAAAAAUUACAAGUACAAAAUAAAUACCACGCAUUUUAAAAAAAAGAAAGACAUUUUUUGUUUGUAUUAAUUUACAAAUUUUUAAAUACUUUCACAUGUAUAUUGUAGGUACAAAACAUUUUAUUAGAAUACUAGAAUAUACCUUUGGAGUUUUUUUGUUUAAUGAUUUUUUAUGUCGGUAAGAGGAAGUAUAAUAUUCAAAUUCAAAUGUAUGGAAUUAAUUUGUGUGUCAUAUACAAAGGCAACUUUUAGAAACCUAUUUCUCUGUAUACAUACAUAUUGCUAUUGCACAGCGCUUAGAAAAACAUACUUAAUUAUUGAUUUGUUAUAAUUACAACCUUGUUCGAGAGAUUCACAUUUUUUUAAGAUUCAAGAGUCAUGUACCCCCUUAAAUAGAAAAAUACAUGGAGGAUUUCGUCUGUUUCAAAUCUAAUUACCUAGCUGAUAAUUUUUGACAUGUACAAAGAAAUGGAACUUUCGAGACUGUACACGUAACAUUGUCACAAUGACCAUUAAAGUAACGUUUCUCUUAAUAGUUACAUUGGAAUAGUAUUGUAAAUCCCAACCAGUGCUUUGCGUUUAUGGAUCAUCGACAAAGCGUAUGUAUAAAAGUUAAAAUCUUUAAUGUAUUUCUAGGAGCCAUAUUGUGAUGGAUUAACAUAAGCCACUUCUUUACGCAUGUUUGUUGCUGAGAAUCAAAGUGAUAUUUAAUGCAUUCAUUGUCGUAGGUCACUGAUGAUCAAUAUUUUAAUUUCUAAUUAUGCUACUAAACAAUAAAAAAACAUUUACACUUUUGUAAAUAUAAUUAAUAAUGAAACAAAGAUGAAAAUUUAAACAAACAUUUUAUAACAAGAAAUCAAACCAAUGCUACGGUCAACAUAUUUAAGAGGCAUGCUUUAUCAACAAGAGCAAUAAUUUAUAGUUGAUUGUAUAUCUAUGACCGUAGCGUGAGUGGAAACACGAAGACUACUGUUAACACAUAAAGAUACAACAAAUAUAAUGCGGAUAUCGUGCUUUUGCAAUUGAAUCGAAUCACUAAUCGACUCCAGAAAGAAUACUCAACGUGAAUGUGUGAAUUCCAGGAACUUAAUAGCAUCGGCUGGGAUGUAUAUAGGAGAAAAAGUGAAACAAAGGGUAGUGUACAGACAGAGGAGUACAUAAAACUGUAUUAAGGUGCAGGACCAGCAGCUUCAUGAGUUAUCUUCAUCAAAAUCUGAUAGAAAAUCUUUGGUCCAGUCUUCUAUCUUAUCUACAUUCUCAAGUGUAGAAGCUAGUACUCUUAAAUUGUCCACACCGGACAUUAAUUGUCUGCAAAUAUAUUAACAUACUGUAACUAAAGUACUUUCUCUAUAGAAAUGUACUAUGUUUAAGCAAAGUACAUAAUCUCACCUUAAUGAUACUUCUGCCGAAGAAGCAGCAUUUCUUAAAUCGUUGGCUAACCUUCUUACUGUUCGGUUCAUAUUCGAAGAAUCACAUUCUACUCUACCCCCCAUUGCUAUUCCUGCUUUAAGUUCAUCAUUCUCCAACCUUAAAGCUUUAAUUUCUCGUUUUAAUGAUGUAAUAGUACUUUCUGCAUUCACAGCUCUUUUCUACAAAGGUAAAUAUUCAAACAAACAAAAGUAAAAUGCACAAAUACAAUCUUGCACUUACUGUACUAUAUUUUAAAUUGUCUUCAACCUGUUCCAUAGCUUUUUCAAGAUGUGCUGUUUCCUCUUGUUCCACCUCUCUUCUAGAGGUCAAUUCGGAUUUUAAUAAUUGAAU